AAAACUGUUUUUGCUAUCCAUCAAAAGCAUUUAUUUCCUUACCAAAAACUUGACCACACUCCUUCAUUCUCUAGAAAGAAAUUUGGUGAUAAGUCAAUUUCAUUAAACCCGUACCCUUUUUAUUUAACAAACUUAUAUCUACCCUAUCUUGAUAUUGUUUUCAUAUUCGACAAGGUGUUAGUUGAAAGGUAGAUUUCAAGUAAUUUAAAAUUUGCUCUGGAUGGCCUACAGAUCUUAGCCCAAGAUUUUUUGCUGGAAACUUGACCAAUAUUGUCCGUGAAACUAAUCAUUUGGUUUUCAUUUCUCGAAAUGAUCCCGAAAAUUGCUGAACUACAGGGACUUGACGACUCUCCUUUUUAGUGGCUAAACAACUUAUCUUACAUAACGAUGCCCCUAACUCCCUAAAUAUCCUAAAUUCCAUUCUCAUACCGUUCUCUCUCUGGCAUAUUUGGUUAUCUUGAUGCUAUUGUUUUUCACUCAACAGUAAAACCGCUUUCUUCCUCUCAUAUCCUCAACAUGGCGGCCGAAUUCUUCCAUAUUGCUAUCUUACCACCAUCCUCGCAUAAACAUAUCCCCAUACAACUUCAAUGGCAACCCUCUAGCAAUACUCCUUUCAAACUAAACACUGACGGAUCAGCCCACUGAGAUACCGGCCAGGGAGGGAAUGGCUGUGUCAUACGUAACUCCUUCAGAAACUGGCUUAUCGGCUUUUCAGGACAUUAUUUCUCGCAUGGGAGUGUUGAAUCUGAACUACGUGCGGUAUAUGCAAUUGGCAUAUAUUCAUGGAUAUAAACCUAACGAAGUUUUUGCUCGGGCAGCUGGAUGAUCCUGUCAUACUUUAUAUAUACAGGGAGCAAAAUCAAGUAGCUGAUAUACUAGCGAAGAAUGGAUGUCAUAUGGAUAACACUGCAGGUAUCACUGUUUUUGCACAACCACCGUCUUUUGUACAACUAGCUCUGGAGGAAGAUCGCUCAGGCAUACUUUUUGUUAGAAGGGUUGCACCAUCAGCUCUACAACACGCAACUUGUCCACAAGCUCCUCUUAGACAACCUGUUUGUAAUUUCAGAAAUAUGGAUGUUACUAGUAGUAGUAAUUUCCCUAGAUCCCCCCUGUAACGAUCCACUACUUGGUAGUCCCCUUACACUACUAGAAAUCUGGUAAAUACCGACCAAAAAAACCGACCAACUUUUGUUGGUUAUGUCUAAUUAUAGACUAAAACGCGACCAAAUACGAUUGGAUGGUAUUUUUGAUGGUCGUUUUAAUAUACUGACCAAAGUUGAUCGGAAAUUACCGACCAACGUUGGUCGGUCAAUUAAAUUCAAAAAAAAAUAUUGCACAAAAAAUCGACCAAAGUUGGUCGGUAUUUUAAUUAUAUAAUCAAAAGAUUCACCAUCUAGGAAUCGAACCGGGGUGUGUACUGUGGCAGAAUACUAUUCUACCACUAGACCGUUGGUGCAUUUUGUUUUAAGAUUGUCUUAUUUUUUA